AUGACACAUGCUCGUGCGGCUGUUGUUGGAGCUCAGGCAUCAGCAGCAUUGUUGAAGGUGUCGAACCUGCUCGUAGCCGCGAACAAACAGAAGCGGUCAGCUAUCAAAGUUGCGGGCUUGCAAAAAUCUCGAUCAGCUAAGAAGUUGGAGGACGUGCAACGUGCCAAGGAGACCGACUCCUCCCUUGUGCUGAGCACCAAGCCUUCAGGGAAAAGGUUGACAGCACAGGCCACACUGGCAUUGGGAAUCCGUCGCAACAUUGCACAUGUGGCAGCUGCAGACUUCGGUGCUCUUUUGAUGCAAGACCUCAGCGGUUCAACUGUCUUGCGUGCAGAGGUUAGAACAGGUGCGGCUUUGGUGGCCAGCAUGAGAGACCAUGUGAGCACCGCCAUGUCCCUGCUUCGAGAAUCCAGCGAGUUUGAUGCAGGCAUUGAUGUUGGUGCAGACGGUGAAAACUUGAGGGAUAUUGCUUAUGUUGCAGGGCGUUGGCACCUGUUGUUCAUCAGUGUUCGAGCAGACGCCACGAAUUCCUCUAUCUGGCGAAGGGAAAAGCUGCAUGUCACGGAAGCCGAGAUCGGGUUGGUACAAUCUUCAGUGAAAGAUUUUCCGAAGUCCUGCGACGAAUUCCUGAAUGUUAGAAGGUUCGUGAAUCGGCUGCGAGCCUUAACCUUAGCAGGGGCUGGGCUGGGGCUGGGUGUGCAAGUCACGUAUUUCUACAUUAUGUCAGAUUUGCAAGUUGUUUCUGGCUGCACUGCAGAGCAUUGUGCUGGCAUUCUGCAGAAGCAGCUGAAUUCCAUCGGAGUGCCAUCGGUGUCCGACAUUGUUGCAGAGCUUGAUAGGGAGAAGCUGGACUGCUAUUGCCUGCUUGCUUUUGCAGAGUUCGUGAAGAUUCGAGACAUGGGCAGACGAUACCCGCUAUCUGUCUCGUCGGGGCGGUGGGGGUCUGUGGAAACGGCCGAAGAAUUUUUCCUAGAGCGGGGCCGAUCACUGGUGGAGCCGUGCAUGCUGCAAGUGCUGUCCCGGAGCAUGAAGGCAGACCGCGAGUCCGUUCCUGCGACAGGGGACGGAAAAGACGAGGGCACAAUUGAGGAAGACGAGGCAGACAGCAAGGCGGCUUAUAGACAUUUCAUGCUGUUCGUACAGAAGGGAGCUCGCGACGGUCAGUGCAUGUUCAACCUUGUGACGGGGAAGCUGGAACAGAUCACGAAAGAGUUUCAAGUGCUCUUUGAAAAUUUGCCUGGAAUAGUUUCCCAAGCAAUGUCUUUGUCUGGCUGUUUGCGAAGUGAAGGUGGCCUGUCUGACUCUGAUGUUGUGCACAUGAGAUACAUUGCCCUUCGCAUUCUGCUGAUGCACUGGGCUGCAUUCCGCAGACGCAUCAUACGGCCCCUGGAACAGUUCCCAUGGAAAUUGUUUUGGCUGAUCAAGGCAGCCCCCAAACAGUUCUCGCAAAAACGCAAAGAUGUCGCACGUGAGCUCUUGGGAUCGCAGGCGGAACAACUUGAUCCCUCUACACGGAAACUCCGGAUCCUGUGCGACCGGGAGCUUCGACACAUGGCAGAGAACGGGACGUUUUCCGAUGUGACCUCGGAGUCGGGAAGUUUUUUGUAUGCUUUCUUGAAAUCACUCGCCCGAAUGCAGCCAGUUGAUACACAGGCCAUAGAGGGGAUCAAUAGUGUGAUCAAGUUGGUUGGCCGACGAUGCCCGAACAUUUCCCUGGAGCUCUUAUCUGCUCGAUUGGCCAUCAAACGAGCCUUGAGCGAGGACGGGAGUAUGCGUCGCAGCAAGAAAUGGUCGAAGAUCCGAAGCUCCGCCGAAGGUCUCUUAAGAACCAUUCUGGGCUACAACACUGCCGCAUUGGCCAUCUUGAGUUGCAGGUCCCGCUGGUCUGUGCCACUACCCGUAGAGUGCAGGCAACAGGGGGAGGGCGGUGCUGUUAUACUGACAAUCUCGGAUGUGCAAGCCGUGAAGUCGACUAGAACUGAUGUGUCUUCGUUGAGUUUGCCUGCAUUGCCUGCCGUUGCUUCCAUUGCAGACCCGCCAUGUCUUCAAACUCCCGAGGGGUCGGACGGAGUGCAACCAGAGAGCGAGGUUGGGCGAAACACUCCACAGUCACAGGCAGAGUUCUUCCGCACCAUGACCACACCGGAUGCCAUCGCUUGGGCGAAAUCAUACAACUUGGGAUGGAGGCGGGCCACCGCUGCCGUAUCUGGAAACCGCAAGAAGAAAAACAAGACCACACAGGACACGGAAGCUUCUACCGCUCAAUCUCAAUCCCCACGUGGCAUGCUGCUGGCAGUUUUCCAGAGCAGCGGCACCGACAAGGAUGUACUGCAUCAGGUCCGAGACACACUUGUCUAUGCCGUGGCCGAGAAGUUCUCUGUCAGUGCCAUGUUCACAAGGAUCGAUGUCAUGCAACAGGAAGGCGGGCAUUGCCUCAGGUGGAACUACCAGGAGCACAAUUGCAUAGAGUCCACUUUGCUGAUGACCACCUUCUAUGCAGAGUGUUUCGACCUUGGCAAACCUGUCAAUGUCGGCUAUGUUGUGUUAUCGCCGGAUCAAGCACAAAGGAUUAUGACGGGGACGGUGCAGGGAGGAGAUGUGGUUCGGGUGGAGUCUGUUCUGGAGAACCUGAAACCUUGUUUUGUGAUGACACAAGAUGAGCUGCCUCGCCCGGGUCCCUCAAGUGCGAAACCAUCUAGCCGUCGCGGCCAGAAGAGAGCAAAGGCCAAAGCCACACGAGGCAAGGCGAAGGGGAGAGCCAAAAGCAAGGCGAAGUCGUCAUCUGCCUCGGCGAAACGGCAACAUCAGGAGCUGGAAGAUGGAAGUGAGCAUGGAACUGAGGGAUCGGAUGUGGCACCAGAUGCCUUAGACAGGUACUUGCAGGAUGAUCGCAAUCUGUUAGAUGAGGAAGAAUACCAGUCCGACUCAGAUGUUAGCCUUUUUGCCGAAGACACUGCAGCAGACUUGCCUGCUGCUGAGAUAAAGAAAGCAACCGUGGCAGCAGGUGCAGCAGGUCCGUCGAAAGCAGCAGGUAUUCCAUCCUCAGACAUGGUACGAGAAACAGCAGAGCGACUUGGUGCACAGGCCCAGCUGACCCCCCCCGGUGACCUGGAAGAAGAAGCGCUUCUUUUGUUGGUGAGGCGGGCCAUGUCGCAGCAAAACAAGUCCUUGGCAGCAGGCUCUGCCCGUGGGAGGCCAGAUCAUUUGCUGGAAACAGGUGGUCGGGGAGACCCUGUGUUUCAGAGUGCCCUCCGAGACAUCGCAGAAGAAGAACAAAUCCCCAGUAAUAAUUCCGAGACGGAGUCAGAAGCAGACUUUGAUGAGGCAGACGAUUCAUUCCGAGCCAGGGUUGCUACUUUGGUGGACGAAUUUGGCGGUGCUGCUAGUCGUGGUGAGGUGCCUGGGCAGGUGUUUGCUAAAUGGGCUGCUUCAUGCUCGCAGAUGCUACUUGCUUGUAAAGAAUUCUCCAACGUGAAGGAAUUCGAGCCAGGCCGAGAUCGCAGCAUAAGCCUCGUGAUGCUUCGGGGACAGGAUCCAGUUCCUGGUUGCAAAUGUGUUCGAUGCAAGUUCAGCGAUAGCUCCCAAGAGAUCAUGUGGGCUCACUGGGUGUACAACACUGCAAGCAAGCAGGUUCUCCUGGACGAUGAACACAAGGUUGUUUUCUCCACACCGGACUCAAGCAUGGCUCGCACAGGUGUAAGCUCGGGCAUGGGAUUUCCUGAACUCUGCCUGGAUGCAGACCAUGCUGAUGUGCUUCUGCCAUACGUGGGUGCUUGCGUGAAGAAGCUGAAGAAAAACGAUCCUUACAGAGACAAGGUGCCAUCGCAUUUCCGACGAUUGAAAUCCCUUUGCGAUGUCAUGGCUUCCAACAUUGCUUCCCAUGAUGCCAAGCAGACUUCUGCAUCGCUGGCGACGGAGGAGUAA